CGUGAGUCCGUGCACGCGGACGCAUGCGACAAUACUACGUAAUUAAAAUAAAUUGGAAAUAAUGUGGAGAAUAAAGUCAAUAAGUUGAAGAUUUUGUUUUUAAAAGUCUUUCUAAAACGUGUUUACUGGUUGAAGAAAAGUUGGAUUAUUUAUUUUUAAUUGUUUUUUAUUUAUCUCGGUAUGAAUAAUGAUGGACGUGGAGGAAACCAAUACGGCCUCCACUGCGAGCUCAUCACCCAGACCGUCCAGCCCGACGGCGGAUUCAACUUUUAUCAGCAUAAAAAGAGAACCGAGUACAGAGGAACCAAGCAGCCCUUUAGAAGCCAACAGCCCUGGAUCAAUUUUACGAAAUAAUGAACAACAUUACGCGGCUGCUGAUUCAAAUAGUUCAACUCCCGCCAAAAGCUUCGUACCCUGUAAAGUUUGUGGCGAUAAAGCUAGUGGUUUUCACUACGGAGUUACCAGUUGUGAGGGUUGUAAGGGUUUCUUUAGGAGAAGUAUACAGAAGCAAAUUGAAUAUCGAUGUCUGAGGGAUGGCAAGUGUUUAGUGAUAAGAUUGAACAGGAAUCGAUGUCAAUAUUGCAGAUUUAAAAAGUGUUUGGCUGUUGGAAUGUCACGUGAUUCUGUUCGAUAUGGCCGUGUACCAAAACGAUCAAGGGAACGAGGGCCAGAGGAUUCAAUUCCAACAUCAACAGUUGGUAGUGGACAUCAAAUAAAUUCUGGAAUAAAUAGCAACAACAAUAAUAAUAACGAUAACGAUAAUAAUAAUAAUAACAACAACAGCAACAAUAAUAAUAAUAAUAAUAAUAAUAACAAUAGCAAUAACAAUAGUACCAACAACAACAAUCAUAAUAAUAUUAUCAACAAUAAUAGUAAUAAUAGUAAUAACAAUAUCAUCACCAAUAAUAAUAACAAUAAUAAUAAUAGUACGAAUAAUAAUAAUAGUCAAAGUCAAAAUGUAUUGACACGAAUACCAUCAGCAGCAGUCGUUGAAGCUGAUCAAUCAGAUGCUGAUAAUAAACAUUUAGCAGUAUAUGAUGUUAUCCUUCAAGUGUCACAAGCUCAUCAUGCUCACUGUGGUUUCACUGAAGAAUCAACUAGAGGCCUCGUUCGAAAGCCCAUGAUAAUACCGCCAACCAGCCCAGAAGACCCUGAAGCAGCGUCAUCAACAGCAGAGACGGUUGAAUCCCAAAGGAUUUGGUUAUGGCAACAGUUUGCCGCUAGAGUGACACCUUCAGUUCAAAGGGUUGUAGAAUUUGCUAAACGUGUGCCAGGCUUUUGUGAGCUCACUCAAGAUGAUCAAUUAAUACUGAUUAAAGUUGGAUUCUUUGAAGUAUGGCUGUGUCAUAUCUCUAAAAUGACCACCGAUACUUCGAUGACCUUUGAAGAUGGUACUUACAUUACUAGACAACAGAUUGAAUUGAUGUACGAGGCAGAUUUUGUGGCUGCUUUGAUGCAGUUCACAUCGUCCUUGAAUGCUCAUCAAUUGUCCGAUGCUGAGCUUGGAUUAUUUUCUGGUGCGGUAUUACUAAGCGAACGACCAGGUUUGAAUGAUGUCAAGGCCGUGCAGAGACUGCAGGAUCGUUUAUUGGAAGCACUGCGGAUUCAAAAUGGUAGGAAUCAUUCCUCACCAACUGAAAUAGUUCCAGUAAGUUCUCCAGUUGUUAGUGUAGCCCAAAGGUUACCAGAAUUACGUGCACUUGGAUCUCGGCAUGCUAAUCUUCUUGAUUGGUUUCGAAGAAACUGGACUAAGCUCAAAUUACCACCAUUAUUUGCCGAAAUAUUUGACAUUCCCAAAUGUGAAGAAGAUCUACAGUAAAAGAGAUAAUAAUGUCGAUUUUCCUGUUAUUGUUGAAUUAGUUUUUCUUGUUCUUUUUAUCGUUCAAAAAAAAGUUAAUUAAAUUAUUGUUUCAUUUGCUUGUCUUUUUGUGAAUAUUCUAAAGAUAAAGCGGGCCAAAAGAAAAUAAUGAAACGGGAAUUAAUGAGAAUUAUAAAAAGAUUAGAAAAAAAAAAAACAUAUCACGUGAGAUAAAGAAAUUUUUAUAAUCAUUUUAAUUGAUAAGUAAAUUUAGUUAAAAGAUGUUGAUCUAUCUGGUGAUGUUGGUGUUGUUGAUUUUUGGAAUUUUAGUUAAAUAAAUUGGAAUAAAUAAAGCUCAUUAAUUGAUAUAUUUUUAAAUUAAUUUUUAAAUAAAAUAAAAAUAAUCAACUUUUUCUAAA